AUGCAGAGGAUCAACCUAUCAACAAUAUCUGAAUUUGUUCUUGUAGGCCUUUCUGAUGCUUCUGAAGUCCGUCAUCUUCUCUUUGUGCUGUUCUUGAUCAUUUACUUGGUUACCAUGGCAGGCAACAUCACAAUCCUUGUUGCUAUUAGCACAGACACUCGUCUGCACAAGCCCAUGUAUUUCUUCCUGGGCAACUUAUCCUUACUGGAUAUCUUAUGUCCCACUAUCACUGUGCCAAAGAUGCUGGAGGCAUUGGUGCUUGAGAACAAGGUGAUUUCAUUCACUGGCUGCAUGCUCCAGCUUUUCUUCCUCAUUGAUAUUGUAGGUACAGAGAUUCUUUUCUUGGCUGUGAUGGCGUAUGACCGUUACGUUGCAAUAUGCCACCCGCUGCAGUACCUGAGCACUGUGAGUAUGAAACUAUGUGCUCGCCUUGCUCUUGGCACAUGGCUGAUGGGAUUUUUUAAUUCCCUGUUGCACACAUCUUUGGUUUUCACACUCUUUUUCUGUGAUUCUAACAACAUUGAGCAAUAUUACUGUGAUAUUCCCCCUAUGCUGGCCCUCUCCUGCUUGCCCACUUACAGUAGGGAGCUGGUAAUUCUCACAGUUGCUGGGGUCCUUGGAAGCAGCGCCUUUGUGGUCACUCUGAUCUCCUAUAUCUACAUCCUCUUGACUAUCCUGCGCAUGAACUCUGCUGAAAGCAGGCACAAAGCUUUCUCCACUUGUUGUUCUCACUUGACAGUAGUAUGCCUUUUCUAUGGGACCACCAUUUGCACAUACGUACGACCUUCCUCCACCUACUCACCUAAUUGGGAUAGAAUAGUUUCCAUGCUCUAUGGAAUCCUCACUCCCCUGCUAAACCCCAUAAUCUACAGCCUGAGGAACAAAGAAGUUAAAUGUGCCCUAAGAAGAGUGAUCAGACAAGAACGGCCUUAA